CGGGCUAGGCUGUCAGUACCCGGCCCGCCACGGUCAACUGUGGUCCUGUGGCUGUGUCGCCGGCGCUGUGAGGGCUAGUGAGACAGUGAGAGCACGGAGAGAUAGAGACGGGAGGAGAGAGAGAGGAGAGCAGGAGAGACAAGCGCCGUGGGAGGGAGAGGAAAGGAGAGAAAGGGCUCCCACAACCUCACCGCCAUGGCAGGCCCCCUCGUGUCAAUGGCGGUCAGGAGGCUUAUUUUAACGGCCCUCUUAGCGUCCUGCCUCGCCCAUGCACUGCUACAGGACGACGAAGACCUAACCUUUGACGACGAGGAUCAUGCGGCGAGGUCGAGGCUGGGCGAGUCCGUGGCACCCGUGUCGGCCCCGCAUGAGGCGCUGGAAGACUCCCUCAAGCCGCUGGUCAGGACGCGAAGACAGUUUGGCCGCUGGUUCGGCGGCGGCGGCAACACGGUGGACGAUGUCGAUGCUGAGGAAGGGUCGGCGCUGGAGGAGGGCUCGGCCUAUGGAUCUCGCACUUACCGGGUCAAGAUUCACGUCCUCACUGCUUGGGAGAACCAGUACGGAAGCAGGGAGAGCAACGACUACCAGGUGCUUGCUCGGAGGAUUGAGAGCGCUCUUGCUGGCCUUCUUCUGUCCAUAGACGGAGAGAAGAGUUAUAAGCUGGCCAAGUGCAGCCGCUCGCCUUCACGACAGAUCAUGGCCUGGGUUGAUAUCAUGCAUGAGGACCCUGCCGAUCAGAAGGACGAGGUUCAACGCCGGAUAAGGAGCGCGCUGGCUACCGGACGACUUAACGACCUCAGCGUCAACAACCAGUAUUACGAAUUCUCCGAGCCCCUAGCCCCCGCGUGCCAGGUUGGAGAGUGGAAGUGCCCCAAUGGGAGGUGUGUGCCCCAGUGUGACGGGACUGCGCAGUGCCGCGAUGGGUCUGACGAGGAAUACUGCGCAACAGAUGGUGAGACAGUAGAUGGUGGUGAUGUAGUUGGCGGGUGCCCCGGAGAUAGCAAACACACCUGCCCAGAUGGAAAGGUGAUUUGUAAUGUGCAUCUCUGUGACGGGGAUUGUCAGUGCGUUGACUGCUCUGACGAAACCGGCUGUGGCUGCAACGAGGGCCAGUUCCUGUGCGACGAUAUCCGAUGUCUAGAAGAGAACACCAGGUGCGAUGGGGUGCCGGAUUGUGUUGACGGGACAGACGAGAAGAACUGUACCGCACCCCCACCACCAACUACCACCACCACUCCACUUAACUGCCUUGGGGACCAGACCCCCCAGCUGUGUAGUGACGGCGUGACCCGAAAUUGCCCCUGUGACGGGAUCCAACAGUGCUCCAACGGCGAGGACGAACGGAAUUGUCGCCCGGACUGCCCCUUCCCUGGCCAGGAAUACCGGUGUGGGGACGAGGAUACCUGCCUCUACGAUUAUCAACUGUGUGACGGGAGAUUCGAUUGUUUCAACAGACAAGACGAGGCCAACUGCCCAACACGCCCUCCUGUCAUCACCACCACUCGCGCCCCUACCACUACCACCACCACUCCACUUAGCUGCCUUGGGGACCAGACCCCCCAGCUGUGUAGUGACGGCGUGACCCUCCACUGCCCCUGUGACGGGAUCAAUCAGUGCCCCAACAACGAAGACGAACGGAACUGCCGACCGGCCUGCCCCAUCCCUGGCCAGGACUACCGCUGUGGCGACGAGGACACCUGCCUCUACGAAGAUCAGCUGUGUAACGGGGUAAACGAUUGUUUCAACGGACUAGACGAGGACGAGGCCACCUGCCGCCCUGCCACCACCACUCCCGCCCCCACCACCACUACCACCACCACCACCACAACCACUACCACUCGCGCCCCUCCCACCACCACCACCACCACUCGCGCCCCUCCCACCACCACCACCACCACUCCACUUAACUGCCUUGGCGACGAGGCUCCCCAGCUGUGUAGUGACCGCGUGACCCUCCACUGCCCCUGUGACGGGAUCGUACAGUGUCCCAACGGCGAGGACGAACUCAAAGUCAACUGUCUCCCGGACUGUCCUGAUCCCGCCCAAGCCCGCCUGUGUGGAGACCAGGAGGACACUUGCCUCUUCCAGCAUCAAGUGUGCGACAGAAAUUUCGACUGUUUGAAUGGAGCGGACGAGGCCAACUGCGAUGUCGUUUGUUCGAGUAACCAGUUCCAGUGUGAUAACGGCGACUGUAUUGAGAAUUUCCGACGCUGCGAUCUUAUAGCGGACUGUGUCAACGCGGAGGAUGAGGCGUCUUGUCCCUGCGAGCACCCCAAGUUCCAAUGCAUUAGUCUCAUGUGUAUCCCCCCGGAGGAACACUGUAAUGGAAUCGAAGACUGUGAUGACGGAUCCGACGAAAUUGGCUGCCCGUGCCGGGAUAAGUUUACGUGUCGCGACGGGCAGUGCGUGGCGUCAGACCUCCGAUGUGACGGGAAGCCGCAUUGUGACGACGGGUCUGACGAGAUGGACUGCGUGGUGUGUGAGGGUGACGCGUUUCUCUGCGGCGACGGCUCGUGUCUGGAGGCGGCGCGAGUGUGUGACGGCGUGCAAGAUUGUGACGCGGACGAGGAAGAGUGUGACGAGGGGGGCCGUAAGUGACGUGACCUUGUUGACGCUACUUGGGUUUGUUUUGGGUUUUGUCCGGGUUUGUUUACAUCACGUGACUGGGUUUGCUUACGUGGGGAUUUGGGUGUCACGUGUUAUUUUGUUUACUUUCGUGGGUUUGUUUA